UUCAAAACAGGUGUAUGCCAUMUUUAGAAAGCUUACCUAAGAGUUUUUAUUAAGCUCUUAUCUUGGUAACAAACCGCUUAGAUUAACUGACCAAAAUGAGCAACAAAAGUUCUGUAGAUGAUUGCCACUUUUUGCCUCUUCCGGACUUUAAUAAAGUCGGAGAAAGACAUUUUUCGAACACRGCUACAGCGGUGAUAAACACGACUAUAAUGCCAGUAGCCAUUAUUGGUAAUCUUUUGGUCAUGUUAGCAGUCUACAAACUUCCUUCUCUGAAAACGCCAUCAAAUGUUUUGCUUGCUUGUUUGGCCUUUUCUGACUUUCUCAUCGGUCUAGUCGUACAGCCCUUGUUUGUGAUAUACAGGGUAAUGGAAAAUGUUGACAAGCGUGUUCCUUGUGACUUCAGAGUUGCUUAUUCUGAAAGCUUUUGGGUCUGUUAUGGUGUGUCCUUCAUGAUGUUGAGUGCCAUCAGCUUUGAAAGGUUCAUUGCUCUUCGACUUCACCUGCGGUACAACAAAGUCGUAACAACUCGUUCCAUUCUACGUACAGCGGUGUUUAUAUGGAUAAUAGACAUUAUUCUAACCGCCUGCCAGUGGCUUGGACCAGAAGAUAACAUCGACCUACGUAGCAUCCAGAUUACCUUAUUCCUAGUCUGCAUCAUCAGUACAAUUAUCAUCCAAUUCAAAAUAUUYCGUAUCCUCUUGAGGCACCAAAAACAGAUUCGUUCUCAUAGUGCGCAGAACUGUCGACUUUACACGAAACAGAAAAAACUCGCAAUAAACGUGACAUAYAUUGUWGGRUUUUAUCUUCUUUGCAAUAUGCCUGUUAUCGUUGUWCAACUUUGUCAAUUUGCAUGGAAGAUUGAGUUUUUCUCGCUAAACGUCUAUGGAUGGGUUGAGACUAUAGCUUUCUUUAAUUCGAGUUUAAAUCCGAUUAUCUGUUGUUGGAGAAAUAASGACAUUCGGCAGGGUAUAGUGCGCAUGCUCAAGAGGAUAAACUGCACKAGGAAAAGACAGCGAUCAAGGUCAACUGUUUAUUUUCUGCCAAGUAAACCACAACAGGCUGCGGCUGACAACAAGACAAACGAGAAGUGACAUGAAGAUAAAUGGAUAUGAUUUCGCCAUA